AUGCUUACUGCAGCUCGUCACCACUUACCAGUAAUACAACAUCCAUACUCUGCACCCGUACGAGAAGUCAUUUCUCAGACACCUUUGUGUGAUGAUACACAUGAUGUUGUCACUGUGACGGUGCUAAACUCACGAGAAAUACCAGAAGACGUUCUUCGGCAGGAUUAUGCCAAUGUAGAGUACCAAAAAUUGGAAGGGGUGAGCUUUCUGAAUAUCCCCCAUAAAUAUCAGGUAAUGAAACACUCGGUUCAGGUAGAGUCGUACCUUGAUGAAUUCGCACGUCAGUGUCUCCGAAGGGGACUAGCAGACGCUCUUCGGGAGCUCAGGAUCGGCAUUGAAGAGGACAUAGAUCGAGCUGCAUCAAGCAGUAGAAUUCGUUGUCAGGGUCCUGUUCGAAGGACAGUCCUUCAAAGUUCGGGAGUUGCACCCCAACCUAAGCCAAUCGUGACGUAUAAAAGCGUGAGUAGAUGGCUCUUCAGGGGUUGUCCUGAAUAUUUCAUUGUGUGUAUACAUCCCUUACAGCGGAAGCAGGUCAACACGAACAAGAAGAAAGGCAAAGUUAGUCGUGAUGAUGAGCCCUUGAAUGUUAAUGAGGCAUGGGACAUUCCCCGUGAUUCCCCAAUCAUUUGCUUCGUCUGCGGAAGAAGGCAACCUCUCGAUGAGGAUGUGUCGAGCGUUCAUCCGAUGAUGCUGGUUCAUCAGCUUGCCAGCGCCGAACUCGCCGAACUCACUGAGUAUAACAGAGUUAAUCCUGCCGUCGGAAGAGCCGCACAAAGUAAACGCAUGGCUUGCUGUAAUGCCUGCUAUAGAUCUCUGUACUGCUUGCGGCACAACGUUAUGCCUGGUGAGUGGACCUAG